AUGGCCCAGACACCGCAACAACGGAAGGCUAAUGAGAAAUAUGCAAAACAUGAGGCUGCGAAGCGUGGAAAAGGCCAGAUCUCGAUAAAGCAAAAGCAACACAGCAAAUCUCCGGUCUCAACUGGCUGGCUGGUUAUCCUUGCCUUCGUCGUGUGCGGCGGUCUUAUCUUCGAGCUCUUGAGGAUAGUCCCUGAAUUAUGGUCAGCUGUGGGAUCAAUGUUUGGCCGUUUGACUGCAUAG